AUGGCUCCUGUGAGAGGCUGGGUGGUGGGGCUCCUGUUGGUUCUGCUGAGCCCCCCUCAGCUGCAACUUUCUGGAAUAGUGAGCGCCCAGGACGCCGCUGAGGAGGACCUCUACGCCAGAUAUGAAGAGGAGGUAAUGGCUGAUGAGGGUGCAACUGCUGAGGGUGAUGAUGAUGCUGGGGAGGAAGAGGAAGAGGAUGCAGAGGAGGAAGAUGAAGGAGAAGAAGAGGAAGAAGAAGAAGAGGCGGAAGAGGAGGAAGAAGAGGAAGAUGCUGAAGAAGAGGAGGAAGAGGAAGAGGAGGAGGAUGCUGAGGAGGAGGAGGCUGAAGAGGAGGAAGAAGAGGAGGAAGAGGAGGAGGAAGCAGAGGAGGAAGAGGAGGAGGAGGAAGCAGCAGCGGAAGAGGAGGAGGAGGAGGAGGAGGAAGCAGCAGCAGAAGAGGAGGAGGAGGAGGAAGAAGCAGCAGCGGAAGAGGAGGAGGAGGAGGAGAAGGAAGAAGAAGCCGAAGAAGAAGCAGAGGAGGAGGAGGAGGAGGAAGAAGAAGAAGCUGAGGAGGAAGCAGCAGAGGAGGAAGAGGAGGAGGAGGAAGAAGAAGAAGAGGAAGAGGAGGAGGGGGAAGCUGCUGAGGAGGAAGAUGAGGCUGAGGAGGAGGAAGAGGAGGAUGAAGUAGAGGAAGAAGAGGAGGAUGCUGAAGAGGAUGAGGCUGAAGAAGCUGCAGCAGAGGAGGAAGAGGCAGAUGACGAUGAAGAGGACGAAGAUGAGGAAGAGGAGGCAGAUGAAGAGGAGGGUGGGGAUGCUGUGGAGGAAGAAGAGGAGGAUGAUGUUGCUGACGAUGACGUCGUGCUGAAUAUCACUGAUGUGGAUGAUGAAGGUAUCCCUAUUUUUAAAUUCUGUUAUGUGUUUUGAUUCUUAUCUGACUCUUCAUUAUCAACUAAAGUUUCAAACAAAGUUUAAAACAUGCAGAAUCCUCCUUUAACCACUAGAGGUUUUCUCUGCUGCACAAUAGCUGUCUGACAUUGUUAUGCUAACUGUAGCUGCAGAGAGAAGACUGUCCCUCAUGAAAAUAAGUCUUAAAAUAGACCGGUUUAUCUGUGAUAGCUGACACCCUGCAGUAUCUGAACUAUUCAUACCUUAUGUUGAAGUAAUGUGGCUAUUUUCAGACCCUAAAACAAGGUAGUGUUCUAGCACAUCACAAUAACAUUUUCUGUCUUCAAACUGAAACAAAACAAUCCACUUAUCACCUAGAGAAAAAACAGAAUAUUAUUGACCUGAAAGCUUUUAAUAGCUCACAAUCAUCUGAGUCAAAGUUGCGCACCAGAGUUCAACAGUUGAGCACUGCUGAUUAUAGUAAAGGUAUUUGUAUUCAUCAGUAUGUCUGGCUGCCAUAAAUAAAGUGAUUCAUUUUAUAGCUAAAUCAGAUGAUGUUAUUGUAAAAACAAUUUGUAGUGUGUCACACCAGCCUAAUAAUUACCCUAAACCAAUUAUACGAUCCUCUAAAAGUUGACAGGCAGUAAAAUAUGUAAUCCACAAGUACUUGAGUUUCAAGUCUGGUAUCACUAUCAGAGUUGAAAGUAUGCUUUAUUGACCCUAUAUUUAUGUCUCAUUUUGCCUGUUUGAAAAACAAACACAACGCCAAGCUGACGGCUGAACUGUGAUUGGCUAUUGGCCUUGUUAGCGGCGGGUACAGUUGUGAUGCAACAGCAAUUCAAUGUCACUUGUUUUGCUCAGGUUUGGACUUUUAAUUGUGGCUAAAAUGCAUCCUCAACAUCAGAUCGACAUACCAGUUUGAAAGGAAGUAUGGGUCAUGGUGGAGUGGACCAAUCAAGUGGUGCUACUUUUCCACACUUUGCUCUUGUAGUAGGCCAUUAAUAUGCAUUCAAAGACAACAGCAUCGUAGUAAUAAGAAAGUAAAUAAAAAUUGUAAGGUACUUAUUUUAUUUAAAUAUUCUUCAGAUUUACAUAAAGUGUUAAGCAGAGGGGCUGUAUAAAAACUGCCCCCCCCCCCCCAUGAGUCGGUACCCGAGCUGGGCCACCCCAGACAGAAAAGCCUGUAUACGCCCAUUCAUUCAUAAUGACAUGAAUAUUUGUGGCUCUGAGGGCUGCUGUACUUGAGCUAAACUCAGCACUCCUGUACGCUCAAGAUAAUAACAAUAGUGUCCUGAUGCCAAAAAAUAAAAAGUUUAUAAUCAUAAUUAUGUUUAGUUUUUUUUAUGACAUGCAAAAAAUUGCAGAUAAAAAAAAAGGAGUGCUGGGUUUGCACUAGCUUUGCAGAGUUAGGAUUUUUUUCACAAACCUCUAGAAGAGGUGAAGAUGAUCCUCUCAUGACCAUUAAAGUGUGCUUUCAUAUCACACUUUGUAUUUAAUAGUUACUGAGUUUGUUCAAUCAGAACCAAAACUGCACAGCUUGCUGAGUAUGAGUCACAAAUGGUAAUCUCUUCAGCCAUGUUGUCAGCAUGGCUGCUAGCAUGUCUUAAGAUGGAUUUGUUAUAACAUAAAGUAGAUUAUGAAUUAACCAUUGGUUGGCAUGCCUUGCAGAUCUCAGCCCGGUUUCAGAAUCUUGAUUUGUGGUUAGCAGGUGACUUUAUAUAGAUGUGUCAACAGGUGACGAUGCAGCAGAAGUCGAGGAUGAUGAAGAGGAGCCAGUCGCUGACCUGCUGAAAUUCCAUCCGGGCUCAUUGUGUAGUGUUUGCUCCAUCUGUGAGGUAAAAACUAUUACACAGCUUCAACAUUUAUUUAGUCAUCAUUGUCUGUGUUAGUUUCACAUAUGAGAACAAUGAAUAACAUUUCAUAUAUUCCUCUCUAAGCACUGCUCCAAGAACUGUGACAACUGCCCCUGUGAAGAUGGAGACGAGUCAGAGCACUGCGAACACUGCCAAGUAAGCCUCCCUGCUGUCCAAAACACUAUGAUGAUUAAAACACAUGAGAGGCAACAUUUCUGCAGGGCCAGAUCAUCAAUGAUACAACCUUUUGCUUUGUCUUGCAGGAAUGCUCAUCCUGUUACCUUUGUCCCUUACUAUGUGACACAAUUUGCACGCCAGGUAAAUAUGGGACGUAAUACUGCAGACUGUGCAAGCACCAUAUAUGUCAAUGUUAUUUAGCCCACUUAGGAGUUUCUUAACUUCUGUUUUUAAUCUAUUUCAGGUGGCUUUAUUGAUGAGCUCACUGGAUCCCUCUUUCAGUAAGACAUUUUGAUUAUAAUAUUUGUAAGGGGUGAUGAUCAGUUAGGAGAUUAAUUGUUUUAACCAGAAAUUUUUUAACUUUCUGCUGCUUUUUAAUCAUUGUUUCAUUAUUUUAUCCUUUAACUGCAAAUAUAUAGAUGUAUGAAAUGCAGCUAGAUGUUAACUCCUUGGCCUUUCAUUUGCAGGUCUUUGUCCUCUUUUCUCUGA